GCAGGGAUGCAGGAUUUGAGUGCCGAGCUGUGCCCUGGUGCCUGUCCACCUGGGACACCUGGUCAUCCCGGCCUCCCUGGGAUGAAGGGUCACAAAGGAGUAAAGGGGGAAGGAGGAGAGCCUGGGAAACAAGGGCACAAGGGUGAAGAGGGUGACCAGGGAACCACAGGGGACCUCGGAUCCCAGGGCCCAACGGGUCCUCAGGGAAUCAGAGGCUCCACUGGAAUGAUGGGGCCCAAAGGUGGACUGGGAGCACGAGGACAUGAUGGAGAUCCAGGUCCCCAGGGUGUUGAAGGAGCCACUGGUGACCAAGGCCAGAGGGGCGUGAUGGGAGAGUCUGGUCCUAAAGGUGAUGAGGGAUCUCAAGGUGGAAGAGGAAUCACAGGUCUUCCUGGGCCCAAGGGAAAGGGUGGUUUGUCAGGAGUGGAUGGCCGUGAAGGUAUUCCUGGAUUGCCAGGUGGAAAGGGCACCAUUGGCAAGGCUGGGUCUCCAGGGGAGGUGGGGCUUCAGGGACUUCCUGGAUUACCUGGUUCUCCUGGCUCUAAAGGAACUGGUGGAGAGAAGGGUAGCUCUGGAGAGGCAGGUCUUCUUGGAACAAUAGGAUCUGCUGGUAAAACAGGAGAGCAAGGCAAAGCAGGAGGUCUAGGACCCAUUGGACCCAUUGGUGGACCGGGAGACAGCGGAGAACAAGGACCAGCAGGUCCACCAGGCAAACCAGGGGCCAGGGGACCUAAAGGAGAUCUUGGUCUUCCUGGGGUUCCUGGACCCCCAGGCCUCCCUGGAGUGAAGGGAGAGAGGGGAGAAGCUGGCGAGGGAGGACCUAAAGGGGAGCAGGGGGGACAAGGUUCUGAGGGAACCUCUGGAGACAAAGGAGAUGUUGGUGACCAAGGGGAAGCUGGACCCAAAGGAGUGGUUGGAAACCCAGGAGAGCCUGGUAACAGAGGGCCAGAGGGUAGCAGAGGGCAGCCUGGCAUCGAGGGCCCAGCUGGUACUUCUGGACCACGUGGCAUGCAGGGCAACAGGGGCGCACCAGGAAUCAGGGGGUCACAGGGACCGGCGGGUAAAGAACCAAGCGAUCAACACAUCAGACAAGUCUGCAUGAGAGUUAUGCAAGAGCAGCUAGCCCAGUUGGCUGCCAGUCUAAGGAGGCCGGAGUCUGGAGCAGCGGGCCUGCCUGGUAAGCCAGGGCCUCCUGGUCCUGCCGGACCCCCAGGGGACAGUGGCUUCCCUGGGCAGGCUGGAGCAAGAGGACUGCCUGGCCUCAAAGGACCUCCAGGACUCCUAGGACUCAAAGGACCCAAAGGUGAAUUGGGCGACAGAGGAGACCGAGGUCCCACGGUGCGAGGGGCCAAGGGCCAGCCAGGACCUCCCGGUCUACCAGGUGAGCCCGGAAAGCCUGGUUACGGCCAGGAGGGACGUGACGGCGAGAGAGGACCGCCAGGUGUUCCUGGCCAGGCUGGUGUACCUGGGCCUCCUGGUAAUGCUGGCCCCAACGGCUACUGCGACCCAUCGUCCUGCAACCUCAGACCGGGGGACAUUGACACCAGCAUCAAGGGCCCGGAGGGAACUAGAAACUAGAGCCACCACCCAGUGGAGGCUGGUGUCACUUUAAAUCUGAGGACUGGAUCUAAUGGCUGUAAUGGAAUGAAUGGAGAAGUUUCAAACACCUUGGAUUCUGUUCCAUUUAUUCCAUUAGAGCCAUCACUAUGACCCAUCCCCCCUUCACCAGCUUCCACUGCCCAACACCCAGAGAGGGGUAGAGACAGAGACAGAGACUAAGAUGGCAGAUGGACAGCUCUCCCACCCCAACCCUGGGAGCACACAACAUCCUCACAGCCUCUCUACUCUGAAGGCUGUUGCUGUAAAGUGGUCAUUCUAACGUAUCUGCAGUGUUUUGUGAGAGUGUUCUGUGCUAGCCAGAUCUCUAUCGGAUAUGAAGGAGUCUUCCACUUCCACAAAUGCGAAACAAAACUAAGUAUUUUGUUGCAAAACAAUAAUAAUCCUGAACCUGUUUGGAUGUGGAACAGUUUUUCACAUGACAGAUUUCCUUUUUCUUUUGUUGUUUUCAGAAAUGGGUGCUCUAUUUUAAGAUAUUCAUGUUUUGAAGACUAUAUUUGUUUUUAUUCCACCGUCCCUGUAAACCAAGAUGUCCUUAAUAACCACCAGACAAUCACCUGUCCUUAAUAACCACCAAACAAACACCUGUCCUUAAUAACCACCAGACAUUCACCUGUCCGUAUUAACCACCAGACAUUUACCUGUCCUUAUUGACCACCAGACAUUCACCUGUCCUUAAUAACCACCAGACAAUUACCUGUCCUUAUUGACCACCAGACAUUCACCUGUCCUUAAUAUCCACCAGACAUUUACCUGUCCUUAUUAACCACCAGACAUUUACCUGUCCUUAUUGACCACCAGACAUUCACCUGUCCUUAAUAACCACCAGACAAUUACCUGUCCUUAUUGACCACCAGACAUUCACCUGUCCUUA